AUGGGGUUGAACAAGCGCGAUAAGCAGGAUAAGCUAAAGACCCAGAGUUUGCUCGAUUCGGAGCGAUCGCACCACACGACAACGUCGACGGUGAUGGUGGACCACGGUACGAUCGCGGUGCCGCUCGAGUCGAUGGCCACCGUUAGUGGGCACAGCAGUUCCUCGGUGGCGGCCCACUCGUCCAGCAGCCGCAGCAGCAAGUCGGAACAGUUCAGCAACACCCGUUCGUCUGGGGCCAGUAGUGAGAUGCACAGCACCGGGAAAACCGUCCGUGUGACCGGGGACGAAUCGAGCUCGAAGGUAGCCGAGCAGAAGUUCAGCUCCGUGAGCAGUGUGCGCAGUGCGGCCAGCAAAUCUAAACAGAUCGAUAACAUCAUCGAAGAGAUUCAUCACAUCGCUAGCGACACGAUCGGCACGACAGAGCUGAUUGGUGGUUCUGUGGUGUCGUCGUCGUCGUCGUCGCACGGUGCCAAGAACGUGACACAGGAAACGGUGCUAGUGACGGGCACCGGGUCCAAGAAGUACUCGAUCGUGGGUGAUCACGGGGCCACUAGUAGUGGUGUGUCGAGUGUGUCCGGUGAUACCGCUAGUCAGCAAGUGAUAUCAGCCAUCGGGCCGGCUAAGAUCGAGAUUACGAAAGUGGCUUUCGAUCAUGGCGCUGCCCUCAACACAGUCAGUAGCAGCAGUAGCACUAAGCAGCAGCAGAAGAGCAGCAGCAGCACCGUGAGUAGCAGCAGCAGCAGUGCCAUAACGCAGAAGGAACAGAGUCAGCGCUCCUCGCAAAGUGCAGUGCACAGUGAAAAGCUCUCGUCUGAAUCGCAGUCGAGCAAAAGUGAGCGCACGAGCAGCAGUACAACGACGGCGCACUCGGCAUCCAGCAAGACAUCGAAAUCGGAAGGCCUCAGUCAAAGCGAGCUGACAUCGUCCGAAACAUUCCAAACGCUGGCCGGUGCCAGUGCAUCUCAUGCCCAUUCAGCGAUCAAUGUUGAUCGACAGAAUGGUGCCUUGUUCGGUGCAGCGCCCUCUACGAUCGUCCCGAUGCGAGAUCAUUCCACGUACGAUCAGCAAUCAUUCCAGAGCGUCGGGGCCGAUGGACGCACCCGCCAGCAAGUCGAUAGCCAGAGUUACUCCAUGGCUCAAAGUCAGGCCCCGACGACCAAGACCGUGUACGAUGCGGCUGGCAAUAAAACAACUAGCACGUCCUCGUCGUACCAAGCCGCCCAAGGACACAGCACCUCGUCCUUCCACACUUCCGGUGGAUCGGUGGAUCACUCGACCACCGAUCUGUCCGCGACCGCGAACGUUUCCACGUCCAGCUCAAAGGGCGCGACGUCCACGUCGAAAAGUACGCUCAUCGACUCAACAUCGCUGGAAAACUACACGAAAGCGCAGGACAGCAACGCCCAGCACUCCAGUAUGCUGGCGAAGACCGAGUCCGCACACACGGUCGCAAGUCUGUCGUCGGUGCACGAUGCACUCGCCAGUACCAUCCAAAGCACCCAGCUGGUGACGGAAUCGAACAAAGCGGACAGCAGCAGCCACACCGAGCAGCACUCCGAGUCGACUAAGACCCGCGAAUCCGCCUCACACUACGCCCAGAUGGACGAGCAGAGCAGCUCCCGGCGCAAGACGUCCGAGUUCCGCGAGCAGCGCGAAUCGAAUGCCGCCAUCUUGAAGCGCAAGAUCUACGAUGAAGGUGGGCGCCGCUUGAACUUGAUCGACGAAACAAUCGUCCCCAAGGACGGCGUGACAGCCGGGCUGCAGGACGACGUGACCAACGUGACGAAGACGUCCUUCGAAGCGAAACUGUACAAUCCCAAGCUGAAGCGCUGGGAGCUGGUCGAUCAGAAGACCAUCCUCGAGAAGGACGUUACCACCGAAAUUCCGGCCGAGAUUGUAAAGGAGCUGGAAGUGGAGCGGCCCGAGUUGGCCAACAUCACCACCACCAUUCAGCUCACGAAGGUGUAUGAUGCAAAGACCAAGCAAUGGAAAACGGUGGACCACAAGAAACACAUCGACGUGCUGGAAAAGAUUACGUUCCUCGAAGAAAACUCCGGUCGGUCCGAGCUCAACGAGUCGGAACAAUCGAAAAACCUUCGAUCGAUCGACGUGGUGGACCGCGUGACUAUCAAAGAAAUGAAAGAUUUAAGCGAAGACAAACGGCAACAGCUCAGCAAGUCCAAGAAGCGAAUGGACGAACGGACCACUCAGGAGCAGUGCAUCUGCGAAAUCUGCACCUGCGGCCGGCAUAAUUGCUUCAAUUGUGGCGCUGGGGCAGUGUCAACGACACAAACAAAGUCCUCAAAGUACACAACGAUGAGCAAUUCGGAAAAUUUUUACCACCAAGAAAAUUUCAAAUCUGAGCUCAACGACGAAUCCUCUACUGUUCGACGCGGAACGUGGACCAAAGACGACGCCGAGCAGCAUUCGAAUCGCAGGGAGUCCUAUACAGUCGAGCACAGCAGCACCGAACAGGAUGUCACGAAACGUCGACUAACCUGGACACUGGAUGACUUCGAAAAUGUUGAUAUCAACAAAAUCAAAACCGAGCGUGCAAAGCCGAUUCGCCACGAGGAUAAUCUAAAACCAGAAGGACAAUUCUAUGCACCCGAACGCCAGGGCUAUACACCGGGAGAACGGGUGAAGCCAAUAAAACAUGACGACAAUCUCCGACCGGAAGGAAAUUUUACAGCGCCCGAAAAGACAGAAUAUCGUUCGGGUGAACGGCCCAAGCCAAUAAGACCUCAGGACAAUCUAAAGCCUGAGGGCCAGUUUCAAACACCGGAAAAGACAAUAUACCAACCAGGAGAGCGCCCUAAGCCAGUUCGACACGACGACAAUCUCCGACCGGAAGGAGACUUUGAGCGUCCCGAGAAAUCUCCGUUCAAACCUGCAGAACGGCCGAAACAGGUUCGUCCCGAGGACAAUCUUCGUCCUGAAGGUGACUUCUCAACACCAGAUAAGCCUCAAUACAGACCUGGAGAGCGACCGAAGCAGAUAAAACCAGAGGACAACCUAAGGCCUGAAGGAGAUUUCCAAGCACCGGAUCGUCCACAAUACCUUCCAGGAGAGCGUCCGAAACCAGUUCGUCACGACGAUAAUUUGCGCCCUGAGGGAGACUUUGAGCGUCCUGAAAAAUCUCCGUUCAAACCUGCAGAACGCCCAAAACAGGUUCGUCCUGAGGAUAAUCUACGUCCGGAAGGAGACUUCGAGCGUCCUGAGAAAUCUCCGUUUAGACCAGCAGAACGCCCGAAACAGGUUCGUCCUGAGGAUAAUCUACGCCCGGAAGGAGACUUCACAACGCCAGAUAAGCCUCAAUACAGAACUGCUGAGCGACCGAAGCAGAUAAGACCAGAGGACAACUUGAGGCCUGAAGGAGAUUUCCAAGCACCGGAUCGUCCACAAUACCGUCCUGGAGAGCGUCCGAAACCAGUUCAUCACGACGAUAAUUUGCGCCCUGAAGGAGACUUCGAGCGUCCUGAGAAAUCUCCGUUCAGACCUGCAGAACGCCGGAAACAGGUUCGUCCUGAAGACAAUCUUCGUCCUGAAGGUGACUUCUCAACACCAGAGAAGCCUCAAUAUAGACCUGGAGAGCGACCGAAGCAAAUAAGACCAGAAGACAAUCUAAGACCGGAAGGAGAUUUUGAAAGACCACAACCUACAGUUGUCGGAAAGGCCGAUAGAGCUCAAAUCAUUCGUCAUGAAGAUAACCUGUACAUGGAAGGAAACUUUGAACGCACAGAGAACACUGUUUACAUAGCUGGGGAACGUUCGAAACCCAUCCGUCAUGACGACAAUUUGCGACCAGAGGGAAACUUCGAGCGUCCUGAAAAAUCUCCGUUCAGACCUGCGGAGCGUCCGAAACAGGUUCGUCCCGAGGAUAAUCUUCGUCCUGAAGGUGACUUCACAACACCAGAUAAGCCACAAUACAGACCUGCUGAGCGGCCGAAGCAGAUAAAACCAGAGGACAAUCUUAGACCGGAAGGAGAUUUCCAAGCACCGGAUCGUCCACAAUACCUUCCAGGAGAGCGUCCGAAGCCAGUUCAUCACGACGAUAAUUUACGCCCUGAAGGAGACUUCGAGCGCCCUGAGAAAUCUCCGUUCAGACCCGCAGAACGCCGGAAACAGGUUCGUCCUGAAGACAAUCUUCGUCCUGAAGGUGACUUCUCAACACCAGAUAAGCCUCAAUACAGACCUGGAGAGCGACCGAAGCAGAUAAGACCAGCAGACAAUCUGAGACCGGAAGGAGAUUUUGAAAGACCACAACCUACAGUUGUCGGAAAGGCCGAUAGAGCUCAAAUCAUUCGUCAUGAAGAUAACCUGUACAUGGAAGGAAACUUUGAACGCACAGAGAAAACUGUUUACAUAGCUGGGGAACGUUCGAAACCCAUCCGUCAUGACGACAAUUUGCGACCAGAAGGAAACUUCGAGCGUCCUGAAAAAUCUCCGUUCAGACCUGCGGAGCGUCCGAAACAGGUUCGUCCCGAGGAUAAUCUUCGUCCUGAAGGUGACUUCACAACACCAGAUAAGCCACAAUACAGACCUGCUGAGCGGCCGAAGCAGAUAAAACCAGAGGACAACUUAAGACCUGAAGGAGAUUUCCAAGCUCCGGAUCGUCCACAAUACCUUCCAGGAGAGCGUCCGAAGCCAGUUCGUCACGACGAUAAUUUGCGUCCUGAAGGAGACUUUGAGCGACCUGAGAAAUCUCCUUUCAGACCUACAGAACGCCCGAAACAGAUUCGUCCUGAGGAUAAUCUACGUCCAGAAGGAGACUUCGAGCGUCCUGAGAAAUCUCCGUUUAGACCUGCAGAACGACCGAAACAGGUUCGUCCUGAGGAUAAUCUACACCCGGAAGGAGACUUCACAACGCCAGAAAAGCCUCAAUACAUAACUGCUGAGCGACCGAAGCAGAUAAGACCAGAAGACAAUCUGAGACCAGAAGGAGAUUUUGAAAGACCACAACCUACAGUUGUCGGAAAGGCCGAUAGAGCUCAAAUCAUUCGUCAUGAAGAUAACCUGUACAUGGAAGGAAACUUUGAACGUACAGAGAAAACUGUUUACAUAGCUGGGGAACGUUCGAAACCCAUCCGUCAUGAUGACAAUUUGCGACCAGAGGGAAACUUCGAGCGUCCUGAAAAAUCUCCUUUCAGACCUGCGGAGCGUCCGAAACAGGUUCGUCCCGAGGAUAAUCUUCGUCCUGAAGGUGACUUCACGACGCCAGAUAAGCCACAAUACAGACCUGCUGAGCGACCGAAGCAGAUAAAACCAGAGGACAACCUUAGACCGGAAGGAGAUUUCCAAGCACCGGAUCGUCCACAAUACCUUCCAGGAGAGCGUCCGAAGCCAGUUCGUCACGACGAUAAUUUGCGCCCUGAGGGAGACUUUGAACGUCCUGAGAAAUCUCCUUUCAGACCAGCAGAACGUCCGAAACAGGUUCGUCCUGAGGAUAAUCUACGUUCGGAAGGAGACUUCGAGCGUCCCGAGAAAUCUCCGUUCAGACCUGCAGAACGCCGGAAACAGGUUCGUCCUGAAGACAAUCUUCGUCCUGAAGGUGAUUUCUCAACACCAGAUAAGCCUCAAUACAGACCUGGAGAGCGACCGAAGCAGAUAAGACCAGAAGACAACCUGAGACCAGAAGGAGAUUUUGAAAGACCACAACCUACAGUUGUCGGAAAGCCCGAUAGAGCUCAAAUCAUUCGUCAUGAAGAUAACCUGUACAUGGAAGGAAACUUUGAACGCACAGAGAAAACUGUUUACAUAGCUGGGGAACGUUCGAAACCCAUCCGUCAUGACGACAAUUUGCGACCAGAGGGAAACUUUGAGCGUCCUGAAAAAGCUCCGUUCAGACCUGCGGAGCGUCCGAAACAGGUUCGUCCCGAGGAUAAUCUUCGUCCUGAAGGUGACUUCACGACGCCAGAUAAGCCACAAUACAUACCUGCUGAGCGACCGAAGCAGAUAAAACCAGAGGACAAUCUUAGACCGGAAGGAGAUUUCCAAGCACCGGAUCGUCCACAAUACCUUCCAGGAGAGCGUCCGAAGCCAGUUCGUCACGACGAUAAUUUGCGCCCUGAGGGAGACUUUGAGCGUCCUGAGAAAUCUCUUUUCAGACCAGCAGAACGUCCGAAACAGGUUCGUCCUGAGGAUAAUAUACGUUCGGAAGGAGACUUCGAACGUCCCGAGAAAUCUCCGUUUAGACCUGCAGAACGCCGGAAACAGGUUCGUCCUGAGGACAAUCUUCGUCCUCAAGGUGACUUCACAACGCCAGAUAAGCCUCAAUACAUAACUGCUGAGCGGCCGAAGCAGAUAAGACCAGAAGACAAUCUGAGACCGGAAGGAGAUUUCCAAGCUCCGGAUCGCCCACAAUACCUUCCAGGAGAGCGUCCGAAGCCAGUUCGUCACGACGAUAAUUUGCGCCCUGAGGGAGACUUUGAGCGUCCUGAGAAAUCUCCGUUCAGACCGGCAGAACGUCCGAAACAGAUUCGUCCUGAGGAUAAUCUACGUUCGGAAGGAGACUUUGAGCGUCCGGAGAAAUCUCCGUUUAGACCAGCGGAGCGACCUAAGCAGAAACGCCCCGAGGACAAUUUAAAAACUGAAGGAGAGUUUGUCACUCCUGAGAAGCCACAGUUCAGACCUGCUGAACGACCGCAACAAAUUAAACCGCAAGACAACCUUAAGCCAGAGGGCAAUUUUGAUCGUCCGAAGCCUGUUACGGUGGGAAAGGCCGAUCGAGCGCAAAUCGUCAAGCAUGAAGAUAAUUUGCGCGUCGAAGGCACCUUCGAUCGGGUGGAAAAAACGGUUUAUGUGGCCGGUGAGCGGCCAAAGCCGAUUAAACCGGACGACAACUUGCGUCCGGAAGGACAGUUCGUCACUCCAGAAAAGCAGGCCUACCGCCCCGCAGAUCGACCGAAGCAGAUUAAGCCGCAGGACAAUCUUCGUCCGGAAGGAGACUUCGAACGGCCACAAAAAUCAACGGUUGGACCAGGCGAACGUCCGAAACCAAUUAAACACGAUGACAACCUGCGCCCGGAGGGAACUUUCGACAGGCCGGAGAAAGCUCAGUUCAAACCUGCCGAGCGGCCGAAACAAAUACGGCCCGAAGAUAACCUUCGCACCGAGGGAAGCUUUGAGAAACCCGAAAAACAACAGUUCCGUCCCGCGGAAAGACCGAAACAGGUGAAACCACAGGAUAAUCUGCAGAUCGAAGGUGACUACAACUCGUUCAAGGAUUACAACGAGCAGAAGCAACGGAAGGAAGCCAUACUGAAGGAGGUGCAAGAACCGACCAUCGCUGACGGCGCAGUACUCGUGACGACGCAAACUGUCACCACGAUUCUUAAGGGAGAUAAAAAGACACCGACUGGCAGACAAACAACCACAACCGAGUCACAGGAUCUUUCCGCUCGCUCGGAAGAGACUUUCGCUCAUAGCCACACGGAAAGCCAUCAGCAUCAGCUUAGUAGCGAGCAUGUCGCUAGCUCCAAUGCUGUAAAGCACACUCAAGCACAACGCAUUGAAACCAGUAGCAACGACCGAGAUCGUAGUACACAUCGAUCCACAACGAACCAAACGCAAUCGAUUCAUGACGUUUCUGGGCGAAAUAUUGCCGAAUCGAUGACCACCAAUCGGGUAAAUGGAGCAACGAUGGUGAGCGGGGUCUCCGAAGAGCACGCCAGUCACAGCACGCAGUCCACGUCGUCCAGCUCCAAAGUCCACAAAUCGUCCUCCUCGAUGCAGCAGCAGUCUGCCGUCAGCAGUACACAGGAAGCACACCACCGCAUUCAGCACGGAACUCACGGUGACCAAUCCAGCGUACUGUUGGAGACCCAAAAUGGUGGACCUACGCUCGGCUCGAAUGUACAUUCGCGCGAAAAAGUGACCGGUUCACAGAUGUCUUCCACCAGCAGUCGACUGGUUGUCGACGGAAAGGUCAUCACGGACAAAUCGGCAACGAGCCAGCACGCUUCCAAGAAGCUAGCAGUUGAUGGCGUACUCGUGACGGAUAAAAGUUUCACCGAAAGACACCAGAGUGGUUUCGAUGGAAUGGACAGUGUGCAGCACCUGCAGCAGGGUGCAACCACGUCUAUCCAGCACGGGGAUCAUCAAGUACACGAUGCAACCGCCAGUUCCAUCGGAGCACAUUCGAUGAAGAAAACACAGAGUCAGACAGUUCGUUCUAGCAACAAUAUUACUCACAGCGACUCGACCAAUGGCACGGUGCAUCGAAACGGAACUGUCGGCUCCCCCAAACAGCCGUCGUCUGGGCAGGCUACGGAAACGCAGGUCAAGAAACUGAUUGGCGGAAAAUGGGUGACGAAGACGAUCAAGACUGAGAGCAAGUCGAGCCAUCAGCAGCAAGGAGCGGAACACGCUCUACCCUCAUCUCAACGCCAGCCGGACCAGAUUGUGCUAUCGGAGCAGCAAAUGCAGAAGCAACAUCACAGCUCCACUGGCACCUCGGAAAUGCACACGCACAGCUCAUCCACCAGCUCUUCGGUGAUGAAAUCUCAAUCGAGCAGUAAGAUGACCAGCGAAAAGACUACCCAACGAGGAACAGUCGAGAGCGUGACGGCAGCUGGUUCACCGUCGGGGCGUGCUGGCGGGGCCCGUGGCAGUUCCAGCAUCGUGCUAGGGCAGUCUACCGUUGACAGUGGUGUCUCAUCGCGCCGAGCAACAGCCCAGCAACAAUCAACCACCACCAAGCUGAUCGGUGGUAAACUUGUUCAAGUUUCCGCUUCAAACGACAGCAACAACAACGCUGCGGCUGGCAAAUCGUCAACCCUCGCACAUUCCGCGACCGAUCACACCUCGAGCAAAACAUCGACAUCGUCCUCGCACGUGGCGCAAUCUAGCAAGACCGAAUCGAGCAGUCACACGACCAGCAAGGCGGUUUCCUCCAGUACCGCGGCUGGUCAGCACCAUCGGAAGAGCACGUUCGCGUCCAGCGAGAACGUGAACAAUGCAAUCCUCUGCCGAGCGGCACAGGGACCGCAGGCUGCCACCGGCACCGCACUGCACGUUACCAACGGCAGCACGAGCAGCAUGAGUGCUUCCGGUUUCAACCAGCGCAAGAGUAUCUCCAAUCUCAACGACAGCGCCAUGUACACGACGACCAACCGUACGAGUUACAGCUCACUGCAUCGUCGCGAGAAGGAGUCGGCCGAGACGCGGAUGCAGAACUAUGUGAAGACCCUGGAAACCGGCACCAUUGCGAGCCGGAACGUCCGUGGACAGGCCUGUCCACCGCCUUCGCUGGGCGGACUCGGGCUUAGUAGCGGCAGUGGCAUGAGUGGCACCCACAACAACAUCAGCAGCAGCAGCAACCGGAGCACCAAUACCACGUCGGUGUCAACCAACAGCUCGUCGAUGGUUAAUGAGAAGGCACUUCGUGACUACCACACGGCCAUGAAUGUUUCGCGCAGCUCGACGAAGGCCAACGCAUCCAGCAUCUCGUUCGGGGACGAUAAGUUCCACGGCAGCAGCUCGUACAAGGUGCAAUACAUUCAGCAGCACGAAGGACGCUGCCCAGUGGCGGAGCACGACAGCUUGAAGCAGCACAGCAGGAUCACCAAGCAGCACACGUACUACGUGCGGGACAAGAAGUAAACGGAAGCCCCUUUCCCGUUUAUAUCCAUUUACACACUUUAUCUGUUUUGUUUGUCUCUUUAUUCGGCUUGGGCGCUGUUAGCGCCCCGUUAUCGCAAAGUGUAAUCAUCUUACAUACGCAUAUAGAAGUUAUGUUACAUUUUUUUCUCGCAACGACCCAUAUCUACCACAACGAAUGCGAAAUGCUCGUGACAAAAGACUAAUUGUUGGCAAUAUCUUUUUCGGCAAACUCGGACCACCUUAGUGGCCCACUAACAGUUAAGCAAUAUUAUCGUUCGCAAUAUAAAUUAUAUCAACUACGCUAUUUUGAAUAAAAGUUUAUUUUUCGACAAACAGG